AUCUGAGUUUUCUGCCUCUACACACAAAUACCCAUAUCUAUAGUUGAUUCUAUACAUCUCUACAUAUAAAUAUCGAACUUUACCUUCCAAGUUAUCCUUCUCUUCGUCACAAAAACCCUAAUCCCUUUCUUUACUUACUCUCACAUUUCUUCUCAUUUUCGUACCCAAUUCUUGGAUCUUUGAGACACAAACUUGGAGGGUUACAAUUGAAAGCAAUUAUUGGAUUGGUUCCCAAGACGGUGAAUUUUUCUAGGGCUUAAAUCGGGUAAAUUCGAGUAAAUUUUAGAGAUAAAGGGUGUUUUUGUUUAUUGUUUGGAUUAAUUUGGAGGAUUGAGUUCUCAUGAGAAUUGUUAGGGGAAUGCAGAGAUUGACUCUUUGGAACAAGAAGAAAUCUUUUAGUGGAAUUGGUGUAACUUUGCCGAAAGCAAGAACCCGGGAUAAAUCGAAAAGUGGAGUUUUGUAACUCUUGUACUUUCUUUGGAGUUUUUUAUUUUCUUAGUGUAGGGUCUUGAGGUGAGGAAGAUAUAAAAUGACUCGAAUUUUGGUUCAGAGAGGUUCUAAUAAGGGUGAGAGGGCUGGUCCGUCUUCUUCUGGUCCUUCCCAGAAUUCGGCUGUUACUUCGGAAGUGGAAAUUGUUGAGGAAGUUCAAGAAAAGGAUUUUGCUGAGGAGGUUUCUGGAAUAGGAAGUGGAGAUGAGAGUAAGGUUGUGCAAAGUGAUGAAUCUUUAGGGCAGGUUGAUAAGGAUGAUGAGGAGGUUCUUGAUAAAGAGAAGGCUGGGGAAGAUGUUGUUCGGGAUUUGACGCAACGAAGUGGUGGUUUGAGGAUUGUGGAGGAGGAAAGGCAGAUCGGGACAGGGAUGGGAUGUUCCCACCCUCCUCCUCCUCCAGUGCCACCGCCUAAACCUUUUUCUGGAAAUGUCAAUCCGAGGAGGUUUUCAUCGGGUUCCUCAAACGCGACAAGGAGUGGAUCUUCUAGGAGAGCGACACCAUGGCCGGUUGUUCCAACCAGGACCUCACCAACUGGAUCUCGGCCUACUUCUCCUAGGUCUCAUUGUGAGAAUGAGGGCUAUAAUAGUGCCGAUGAACAGAGUCCACGUUUCGGAUCCUCUUACAGCGAUGCAGAGAGAGAACACCAGUUUGAGAUUGAUUUAAGACGUGCAACAGGUUUAGAAGUGAAAAGAAUGUUAGAGGAUGGCAACUGCCUCUUUCGGGCUGUUGCAGAUCAAGUUUACGGUGAUUCUGAGUUGUAUGAUCUGGUCAGACAAAUGUGCAUUGAUUAUAUGGAGAGAGAAAGAGAUCACUUUUCUCAAUUUAUAACUGAAGGCUUCAUUUCUUAUUGCAAGAGAAAGAGAAGGGACAAGGUUUAUGGAAACAAUAUGGAAAUUCAAGCUUUUUGUGAGAUGUAUAAUCGGCCUAUUCACAUCUAUUCUUAUAGUGCAGAGCCUAUCAACAUAUUUCAAGGAAGCUACAAUACUGACACUCCUCCUAUAAGACUAAGCUACCAUCAUGGGAAUCAUUACAAUUCACUUGUUGAUCCACGACGAGUGACGGUUGGUGCUGGACUUGGAUUUAGUAGUCUGCGAGGAUCAAACGUUGACAAGGAUCAGGUAUCAGCUGCAAUAAAAGCUCAGCAAGAACAACAGAUUGAUAAUGCACUGCUAGCAGAGGGACGUUUCUAUUCAGAUCUGGAGCUGACCGAGAAAGAAAUGGAACGCAUGGUGAUGGAAGCUUCUAGGGCUGAGUAUCUUGCUGAGGACAAGUUCAAGCAAGUUGGACGAAGAGAAUCCUCUACUUCUGCUGCUGGUGCUGAACCAUCAUCAUCUGGUGCUAGACCAUCUGGGAGCAAAACCAAUGCUGAAGGUGGGAACGAGCAUGGAUUACCAACUACUGUACUGACCAACAGCAUGCAGAUGGUACUAGCUAUGGGAUUCAGCUAUCUUCAAGUGAUCGAGGCAUACAGCAUUUUUGGGGAAGAUGUUGAUUCUAUGGUAUGUUAUCUAUUAGAGACUAGCAGUAGCAGCAGGCGGAAGGGCAAAGCAACUGAAUGAACAAACUUCAAACGACUUGUGUUUGCUAAGGUAGUAGCCGUAUGUUACUCUAGUAAUCAGUAAGACUGUUGGACCAAAAGAGUCUAGAGUUCUAUAUGCUGUAUUAAAAAUUAAUAAGAAGUGCUACUAGCUUGUUUAUUGACCAUGCACUAAUGCAGUAAAUACUCUUGGCGUAAUCUGUGAGAAACAAUUGCCUUUGUUACA